UGAAUCUUACAUAGCUUAUCCCCAAGUAAAUGAAAGUUGCUUCUGUGAAUUUUCAUUGUACUUUAACCCAAACAAAAGAAAGCAAAUUGCUUAUGAUGGGAAAACUGAAACAUUACAGCCUGUUUCUUUAAGAAACCAGCUUAUCCAGGGGUUUAGUGUGUUUAACCUAACCUGCUAGCGAGGAAAAGUUCUUUAAAAUAAUGGAUAUUAGUCGUAUCCAAUCACAGUUAUCGGCCUCACUAACAGGGAGGAGAUUUGACUCUCUGGCCACUAGAAUUUCGGGAGGUGGAGCUUGGUAUUCAGGUUUGGUUGCUUUGGAGUACAGCUUCAAGUGAAGUUAAUCUGAGGUGAAGCAAACAGAAAAUUGUGGAGGUUUUGUUGGAAUGAAUCUGAAGUCUGCUGCAGUAAAACACUGAAGGCUUUAAAAUGUUUUCUUGCAUAAAAGUCAAACUUUAAGUAGCUGCUUAUGAGGAUAGGGAAGGCAGGAAGCUAAUGUCUGUCUCAAGACACAGGACAGCUGUUUGCUCAUCAACCUCAACUGUUGCAAGCAACAGCAGGAAAGACAACUCGACUUAGGGAUCUGGGGACUGCUAUGCAGAGAGUUAUCAAGCCUACAGUACAGUAGGAACUUUAACCUAAGUCCCUGUUCUUUCAUCUGAGUGAGCAGCUUUCUUCCCAAGUGCUUUCUGUCAAGGUGUGUAACAGAAGAACAUGGCUCAAGAAACUAAUCACAGCCAAGCACCUAUGCUUUGCUCCACUGGCUGCGGAUUUUAUGGAAACCCUCGUACAAAUGGCAUGUGUUCAGUAUGCUAUAAAGAACAUCUUCAAAGACAGAACAGUAGCAAUGGUAGAAUAAGCCCACCUGCAGCUUCUGUCAGCAGUCUGUCUGAAUCCUUACCAGUUCAGUGCGCAGAUGGCAGUGUCCCAGACACUCAGUCAGCGCUAGAUUCUACGUCUUCAUCUAUGCAACCAGGCCCUGUAUCAAAUCAGUCACUUUUAUCAGAAUCUGUAGCACCUUCCCAAGUGGACAGUACAUCUGUGGACAAAGCAGUAUCCGAGACAGAAGACCUGCAAGGACCCAGAGCAGAGGGCCUUGUUCCUCUUGAAUGUGAUCCUCCAUGCUACAUCAGUGUAAACAGGAAAGACAAGACGGAGUUAGUAGCCAAAGAUCACACACAGCAAGGACCUUACAAGAGCUUACAGCUUCAGUAUCAGAUACGACACAGCAGCCAUCUGAAGAGCAAAACAAGUCUCUUGAAAAACCAAAACAAAAAAAGAAUCGCUGUUUCAUGUGCAGAAAGAAAGUGGGACUUACUGGGUUUGAAUGCCGGUGUGGAAAUGUUUACUGUGGUGUGCACCGUUACUCAGAUGUUCACAAUUGCUCUUACAAUUACAAAGCUGAUGCUGCUGAGAAAAUCAGAAAAGAAAAUCCAGUAGUUGUUGGUGAAAAGAUCCAGAAGAUUUGAACUCCUGCUGGAAUACAAAAUCCUUUGACUAUCUGCAAACUAAACAUUGACUUGAGGUUUUUUUUUCCUAGUCCUUGGGAAUGUAGAGCACCGUAUCUUGCAUAGACCCUUGAAUCAUGCAUGUCAUCAGAAGAAUAGAUUUUUGUUUUUGUUUUGAAAAUGACUCUGAACAUUUAUUUCCAUUGCAGUUUCUGUGGCUAAAAAGAAGUAUUAUACUUUUAAGAUCAUUUUAAUUUUAGUUGAGUGCAGAGGGCUUUUAUAACAAAUGUGGAGAAAUUCUGGAGGGCUGUGAUUUUUCCAGUAUUAAACAUGCAUGCGUUGAUCUUGCAGUUUAUUUCUCAUUGUGUAUGUAUAUAUAGCUUUUCUCUGCAGCACGAUUCCCUUUUGAUAAGGCCCUUCUGGGUACAACUAGUUAUCAGUAACUGAAUGUAUCUUAAUCAUUACGGCUGCUUCUGUUUGUUUUGUUUUCAUUUAACAAAGGUUAUACAUAUGUUAGCAUAUAGUUUCUUUGCACCCACUAUUUAUGUCUGAAUCAUUUGUCACAGGAGAAUAUGUGCUGAUGAGAUUCUAAAUUUGUGGUAUUUGGUUCUUUUUUUUUUUUUUCUUUUUUUAAGCAAGGGAAAGAAAAGCUGAGUGCAUUUCACUGCUGACUGCAAGUUUCUUUGAGAUUACUGUUCAUUGGUCUGUGUGUGCACAAUAUGAAGAAUGAUCUGGUCAUUGUGCAGUAUUUAUGUUUAUUCACCAGUCUUUGAUUAAAUAAAAAGGAAAA